AUGGCUAAGGCUCUUUGGCGGCGGGAGAAGUCGGGAGAGCCUUCCUCCCGCCUCCGGCCCCGCAAGGAGGCCACCUGCCCAGGGAAGCAGCCACCCCUGCCAGCUCCGGAGUGCGCCGGCGGCACGCACGGCGAGAGGGUGGGGCCGCGCCCAGUGCGCAAGCUCGGAGAGCAUGUGGGCGGUGCGCAGAGAGCAAAAACCCCUAGUGCAAUGGAGCGGACGGCCGCGACCGUCUGCGAGGUGACUCCUUCCAGGCAGAGAAAGCAGAGGAGGGUUUCUGAGGAGAGGGGCUUCGUGAGGGGUCCGGGAAGUUUGGGGGCGCGGGGUGAAGGACGCGUAGGGAUUGAGGUGGCGUUGCUAGAAGCAGGCCGGAUUUUGAAGUAUUUAAUCAUCUACUUGAAAUGUGAGACAGCAGGAGUAUCAAAGGGAACAUUGCUGGAAGGACAGCUAGUGAUUUCCAUAGAAGCAUUCAACUCUAAGCACCAGGCAAAUGUUCUUCAUUGUGUAAUAACGAUUGCUUCUGCGAAAAGCAAGUAUGGUGACUUGGUCUUCAAGGAGUUCCUAAAAGAAAUACAGUCUCUACUACUGAGAUUGUCUGCAAAGCUGACCUGGACUUCAGAGGCAGCCAGCCAUUUCCCAGACACACCAAGGGAAGCACUCUUUCAGAUGACUUUUGAGGUUGAUGAAAAGCCCAGAAUUCUGAUGAUGGACUCUUUGAUUAUAAAGGAUUUUUUACACAAAAUCAGCGUUGUGCACCCCAAGAUCAGAUGUAACUUCAGCAUAAAGGUGAAUGGAAGCCUCUCUGAGGAGAACUUUGGGGUAGAGGAUGAAACCAUUUUGAAAUUACCGAAUGGAAUUGCUCUUACCACAAACUAUCAGCACUACGUAAGUGGACCAGAACUGGGGGCAGCUGAAUUCCUCUGCAGCAAAAUUCACCCUGUGCCAGGACGACCAGUAACACUUUCCAUCCCUGCUGACGUGGCCGGCAUGGGCUUGUUCGGGGAGCUGAUCCUGACGCCAGCUGCUGCUCUGUGCCCGUGCCCCAAGGUCUUUUCUAAGCAGGCGAGCAGGAUUUCUUCAAUUUCCGUAUUUCUCUAUGGCCCUUCGGGCCUGCCUCUGAUGCUGACAGGUCGAGCUCAGCCAAUGACUGUCUUCACGGAUGUGUCUUGUUUGAUUGACUGGAAGAAGCACAACUUGUGUGUGGUGCCCAAUGUGGAUUUCAAUCUGGAUCAAGAUGUGGUGCUGCCAGAUGUGUGUUACCAAAUCGAAUCCUGUGAGGGGGCUCUGCCUCAGGGUGUGGACCCCAAGGAACAGACUCUGCUGCUUUUCUUCUUUGUGGAUUUCCACUGUGGAUUUCCAGCACAGAGAACGGAACUCCAGGGAGCCCACACCUUGCUCGCUACUCAUCUCCACACCAUCCUCCUGGAGAACCAACACGUGCUGCGGGACUCCAUCCAGACUUCCGUGGACCAGGCCCUGGAGAAGUGUCGCCAGGUGGCUCAGACUCAGCAGAGACUGCAGGCCUCCCACGCCGUGGCUGUGAGCGCCAUCAUGGGGGUUGUGAUGGGAAGCACCAGCAGCAGCUUCCGAAGGAUGUGUUUCCAGGCCCUUCAGGCAGCUGACACUCAAGAGUUUGGGAUCAAACUGCACAAAGCCUUUAACAAGAUCGCCCAUCACCGAAUUCUUCAAGACUGCGCCGGUGAGGUAAAGCAGCUGCCCCCCAAGAAAAAUGACGUGGCCCCAGACACCGAGGAGGAGGAGGACACACAAAGUGUCCACCCGGAGGACCUUCCAGAGGCCCGCGGGCCGGCGGAGAGCAAGAGGCGGAGGACGGACACGGGCGACCCGCGGGCCUCCCGCUGCCGCCCGGAGCCCGUCGCCCGGGGUCCCAGCGACCAGGAGACCGGGGCGGGGCGAGAGCGAACCCCGGGCGGCGCGGGUCCCGGGAGGGGCCUGGAGGUACCAGGGCGCAGUGCCGGGCGGGUGGGAGGAGUGGCCGCCCCGCGGGUCCUCACGCGGCCCUUCCCCGCAGGACGCGCUGUGGCUGCAGGAGGUCGCCAACCUGUCCGAGUGGCUGACGCCGGCCCCUGA